AUGUCCCGCUUCCACCGAUACUACUACGACCACUUGGUCGCCAUCCACAAUCAUCUUCGCCAUGAACUCAAGACCUGUCUUCGCACCCUCCCCACGGCCACCCAGCCCGCAUCUGUCAAGUCGAGUCUUCGAGACGUUCUUCUCUUCUGUCGCCAUCUUCAGGUGCACCAUGACCUGGAGGAAGCCGUUAUCUUCCCAUCUUUUGCUGCCGUGACAGAUAUCUCACAUUGGAGCCAUUCACAUGAGACCCUGGAUCAUACAUUAGAGAACAUCCGCCAGCUCGCACAAAAGGGCGUCGAUCAGGACGGCAAGGACUUCACAGCUGAAAAGGAUACUCUAGUCGAAGAGAUGCAAAAGCUCUCCGACAUUGUCUUGCCUCACCUCUCGGAUGAAGAAUUUUUGAGCAGCCCCGAAGAGUCUAUCAAGCUUUGGCCCACCGAACAGGAAAUGCGGCGCGCCUUUCCCUGGAUGAGCUAA